AUGGACGGCGGUAUCACUCAAGACGGUCUUUUCACGACAAACAACACUGUCGCACCGAAGCCCAGCAGUAUCCUGUCGUUGUUCAGCUUGAAGGGCAGGACGGCAGUGAUCAGCGGAGGUCCUGCUGGAAUUGGUCUUGCAGUUGCAAAGACAUAUGCUGAGGCUGGUGCAAACGUCGCCAUCUGGUUCAACAGCAAUCCUGCUGCUCAUGCCCGUGCCGAAGAAAUCGAGAAGGAGUAUGGUGUCAAAUGCAAAGCAUACAAAGUCAACGUGACGGAUGCCGAAGAUGUAAAGAAGGGACUCACUCAGAGUGUCCAAGACCUGAACGGUCGCCUCGACAUAUUUGUCGCCAACGCUGGUAUUCCCUGGACACAAGGCAACAUGAUCGAUGGAGAACUGGACCAUUAUCGUAAAGUCGUCACAACAGAUUUGGAUGGUGUAUACUAUUGUGCACGUGCUGCUGGUGAGAUCUGGAGACGACAAGCCAAGGAGGGUACCGAUAUGAACGGCGAAAAGCUCGAAAACUACUCAUACGGAUCCUUCAUCGCAACUGCUUCAAUGUCAGGACACAUUGUCAACUUCCCUCAACUACAAUCAGCAUACAACGCAGCAAAGGCCGGCGUGCUACACUUGACCAAGUGUCUGGCCGUGGAAUGGGUCAAAAUUGCGAGGUGCAACUCAGUCUCUCCUGGCUACACUGCGACGGAACUUACAACGUUCGUACCGGAAGAGACAAAAGCUAUCUGGAGAAGCAAGAUCCCUAUGGGUCGUGAGGGCGAGACCCAUGAGAUGCGCGGCGCAUACUUGUACCUGGCUUCGGAUGCUGCCUCUUACACCACUGGUUCCGAUAUCGUCGUUGACGGAGGUUACUGUUUACCGUGA